UUCACCCUGGCCUCCGAUAAGCUGGAGACCAAAACAAUCUUCCCUCCUCCCAACCUGCCCAGAGACUUCAGGCCGGUCCACUACUUCCGUCCAGUGGUGGACCUGUCCAGCGUCAGCCCCAUGGUAGCCCAGGCCCUGAAGACGUCUCGAGGCCACAUGGCCCAGGAAGAGCCCUCUAAGGGGGGUCGUCACCAGCUGGACUCUGCCCAGAGGAGGGAGCUGCUGGGGGAGGCUACACUGCAAGGCCCCAGCUCUGUGUUUGACCUGCUGAAGGUUGAGGACAGAGAGAGACUCUCCGGCCUACGGAGGCCCUCCUCAGACACCAGCUCAGGCCCCAGACAGCCUACCCCUGGGGAGGCCAGAGCAGCCGUUGUGGCUGCAGGGGUAGCGGCUGCAGCAGCCAGAGCCUCCGCCCAGAAGGCCCUGUCUAGCAGGUACACCUAUAUCUGUCUGUCUGACCGUGUCUGA